UGAAAAUAAGUUUCCUUCUGAAAAACAGGCAAUUUGGACCCAAUGGCUGGAAAGUGAAGCUGGUGUCCUUCAGAAAACCCUUCAUAAGCAGUGCAAGGAAAUUGACUGUUUAACCCUUCAGCAGAAGGAAACAGUUGACAGGGUAGAUGAACUGGAAGUUGAGGUGAAGUUGCUACGUCAAGAACAGCAACUUUGUAAUGGAAGGUAUGUCUGGAAGAUAGAAAACAUUGACAGGUGUUGCGAAGAUGCCAUCAGUGGUGUAAGCCCAGUCAUGUACAGUCCAGGUUUUUAUGCCAGUCCACAUGGGUACAAAUUGUGCUUGAGGAUUAAUUUAAAUGGUGUGAAGAGUGGAGUUGGUACACAUGUGGCUCUUUAUGUUCAUAUGAUGAGAGGUGAUUAUGACAACCACUUGGAAUGGCCAUUUUCAAAAGGUUUCUCCUUAUCUAUUGUGGAUCAGUCGGAUGAUGAGUCGCUCCAGUACCACAUUACAGAAACUGUGAUAACCAAACCUGAACUGAGUGCCUUUCAAAGACCAGUACCUCCACACAAUGUAAUAAGUUCUGAGUAUUCUGGUUACGAACAUUUUGCUCCAAUUGACAAGAUCCACAAGCCACAGUAUUGUAAGAAUAAUACUUUGUUAGUGAAAUUUGAGCUCACUGAUUAAUCCAGAGCUGUUAUGAGCAGCUUGGAGCUCUCAUUGCACACUCUGUCUUAUUUCAAGACUAAAAAGAACUGAACUGACUGGUUUUCUUCACAGCAUAUAUACCGGAUAUAUAUUU